CGUCGUUGCGAAUGUUGCAUAGCAACAACCAUCAACAAUAGCGUCUUGACACGCUUUUAAUAAACGUUCAGACACUAGAGGUAGGUUACAAGUGAUUCUAAGUCGUCAAACUUAAUUUCCAUAAGUACAUUUUAAACAGGUAUACCUCAAGUAGAUAAAGAGACAAACAUUCCAAUUAUAUGUUAUGACUUUAGAGUGCUAGCCAGUUAGCUUUAUGGACAAAGUUUACGCAAGUUAACCUCCCUGAAAAAAAAGAACUGCAGGAUUUCUUACCUAAACGAGUGGUCGAAAUGUCGGUGCCUUUCUGCAACACCCACCUGAGGAUCCCACGGGGAUUUGGCGCCGUCCUUGAAGGUCUGGUUCGAGAAAUUCUACGUGACCAACCUGGAGACAUUCCCAAAUAUGCCGCCCUCUACUUCAAGCGCCUUCUCGGCCAACGAGAAGGUAGUGGCGUGGACCCAAUUGAGUGGGCUGCCAGCCUGGAGGACAGAUUUGACAGCGACCGUACAUUUCAGGAUGUUCCUCAAGCGGUACCUGAAACAGAAGUUCCCAUUUCUGAACAAAAAACACCUGAGCCACAAACUGAAGAAGUGCCUGCUCAGUCAUCAGAGUCCACACAACUUCAAGUCUUAGCAGCAACGUCUGAUCAAGUUGACCCAACUGAGGCUCAAAACGAGAAAGCCCAGGAUUUACCUCAGUCUGAGACACCAAGUGAAGUCUCACAGGGAGAAGAGAGCACUGAAGCUGGAGCGUCUGAGGAAAUGGCUAAGGAUGAGUCUGGGGAAGUGGCGCAAGAGGAGGCUAUAGAAUUAGCUCAGGAAGUAGCUCAGGAGGAGGUUCAGGAAGAGGCUCAGGAAGAGGCUCAGGAGGAGGUUCAGGAAGAGGCUCAGGAAGAGGCUCAGGAGGAGGCUCAAGAAGAGGCUCAGGAGGAGGCUCAGGAAGAGGCUCAGGAGGAUGCUCAAGAGAAGACUCAGGAGGAGGCUCAAGAAGAGUCUCAGGAGGAGGCUCAGAAAGAGGCUGAGGAGGAGGCUCAGGAAGAGGCUCAUGAGGAGGCUCAAGAAGAGGUUCAGGAGGAGGCUCAGGAAGAGGCUCAGGAGGAGGGUCAAGAGAAGACUCAGGAGGAAGCUCAAGAGAAGGCUCAGGAGGAAGCUCAGGAGAUGACUGAAGGGGAUGCUGAAGAGAAUGCCGAAGGGAACGCCGGGGUGGACGCUGACCCAGAUGCCGAGGAAGACGCUAUAGGGGGCGAUGUGGUGGAAACUGAGAUGGAAGCUGCCAAUCUUGGCGAAACAGAGACAACUACGGAGGAAGUCACAGUUGAUGGUACUGAAGAUGAUGGUAAUUCUGAGGUUGCUGAGGAGGAGAAGCCCAAAGCAGAGACAACAGAAACAGAAGAAGCACAGCCUCAAAGCGAAACCCUCGAUGAGAAAGAAGAAGGUGAAGCUCAAGCUGAAAAGCCAACUGAGGAGGAAGAAGCAGAAACUGAGGCUCCUCAUGAGGAAGCUGAUGCAGAAGGAAAUUUGCACACCGUCGCUGAACCGACAGAAAAUUCCUUGGUUGAGGCGGACUCUGUGGAAACUCCACAGGCCGAGCAAAGUAACGACGUGGAAAACCAGCCAGAAGAUGAAGGUCCAGAGGUGGACACUCAGGAAGAGCAAGGCAACAAUGAGCCUGAAAUGGAGGGAGAGCAAAAUGUCACAAACGAUGAGCAAAUGGAAGGUGAAGCAGCGAAUAACCUUCCAGAGGGGGCCGAGCCAGAGGUUGCACCAGAACCCAAUGAUUAGAACGAGAUGAGAUCUUGCCCUGUAAAGGCCCAGGUGUUGAUGUUGUCCUCUUCCUCCUGUGGCCAGCCCCCCGUUCCUCCCGCUGAGAGGACCAUGGCCUGAUUGGACACAGCACGCAUGUUUUUACUCUGAUCGAGAAAGAGAUGUGCACUGAGUGGUUACGCUCAAGAGGUUAGUAACCCACAUUGCUUCCAGUUUUUCUCCUCUUGUCAUAUGCUGUGUGACUGAGUCAGCCUAUUUAGAAUGCAUUGGCUUGCUUCUCAGGUUUUAACAGGCUUUUCCCUUAUCGACCACACACAUUAGGUCCACGGACGCAAUUUUCUGCAGGGUUUUUCCUGGCUUAAAUUGAGGCAGAGGUGCUACCAUCCUGACCAUGCUCCAUGAUGUGCAUGUAUUCUGUAAAUUCAACGGACUCACUUUCUUUGACAAGAAACCUACUUUUAAGUUAAGAGUUCCAAUAACAAUAUGACUUAUCAUGUUCAAGCAUUCGUUUAUUAAAACUUCUUCUUAGAGUCCACAAAUUCUUCCAUGGGAAUUCAUAAAGUUCACUCAUAAGUACUGCAAGGUGAAAAAGUGCAGUUUAAAAAAAAAAAAAGAAAAAAGUCAAUCGCGUAAAAGC